AUGGCAUCCAAUGAAGGUGCGCAACGCACCUCUUAUCCGGCCCUCCUCGACGACGCCGAGUCUGCGCUGCUGGACCUGGCAGCCGACGACCGCCGCGAUGCCCUGUCGUUAUCCGAUAAGGAGACGCUGAUCCUGCGCCUCUACGACCAGAUCCAGGAGCUGGAGCUGGAGCAAGCCGUGCUCGAGCAAGAUCUGGAGGAGCCCAGCGGCGAAGAUGUGGAAGAGCAGCUCCGGGUCGCGGAACGCGAGCUUCUAGAAGCCAGAGCUACAUAUUCAGUCAGGAGGAAGGCGGUCGAGACCGUUCUCAUGACCGAUCCUAGUCUGAAGGCAGUUCACCUGAGAGCCGCGUCACCAGCCGAGAGGGCCCUCCUGCCUCUCAUCCACCGACGCGACCUGCUCUCCCUGAUCCACGAGAACCUGGCAAAUGCCCAUGCUGCAACGCUAGAGGCGUUGUCCAACGCGGAAGUUGACAAUCUGCGCGUGACGAAGAGGAACCAAGAGCUUGUGCGCGAGCUUCUGGAUCUGACGCGGCAGGAGUCUUCGUGGAGGGAGGAAAUCACCGAUGCGACACUCAAAGCGCAAAUAGAAGAGGUUGAAGCAGACCGCAAGAAGAGCCGGGCCAAGUGGGACGUCAUCAAAGGCGUGGUCAGUGCUGUCAUUGUGGGCAGUGGAGUCGACUGGGCACGAGAUGACACGCUCCGUAAACUUGUGCUGGACGAGUCGGAUUGA